GUGCGUACUAGUAGCUUGAGAUACUUACUUACAUUAGAGGUUGAAAUGAGGUGCAACGCCUGCUGGAGGGAGUUGGAAGGCCGUGCCGUUUCCACCUCUUGUGGCCACUUAUUAUGUACUGAAGAUGCCAACAAGAUUCUCACUAAUGAUGGGGCAUGUCCCAUUUGUGAACAAGUACUCUCCAAGAGUCUAAUGAAACCUGUGGAUACUAAUCCAAAUGAAGAAUGGAUAAAUAUGGCGAUGGCUGCAAUUUCUCCGCAAAUACUGAUGAAGACUGCAUACCGAAGUGUAAUGUUUUACAUUACGCAAAGGGACUUAGAGAUGCAGUACAAAAUGAAUAGACUUGUUGCGCAGUGUCGUCAGAAAUGUGAGGGUAUGCAAGCAAAGUUUAGCGAGAAAAUGGACCAAGUGCAUACAGCAUACCAGAAGAUGGGCAAGAGGUGUCAGAUGAUGGAGCAAGAGGUAGCAAACUUGACCAAGGAUAAACAAGAGCUCCAAGAGAAGUUCUCCGAGAAAUCAAGACAGAAGAGGAAGCUCGAUGAGAUGUAUGACCAGUUAAGAAGUGAAUAUGAGUCAGUCAAACGAACAUCCAUACAACCAGCAAAUAACUUCUACUCACGACACCAGGAGCCUGACUUUUUCUCAAACCAACCAGUUAAUAUGAUGGAGAACAGAGAGCCCACUCGCAAAGGUUAACUAACUAACAACAACAUUAUUACUGUAUUUUGAGCUUAGUGCUUUAUGAUUUUCAGUCUAUUAAUGAGCUUAGUGCGCUUGUG